AUGAAAGUCGAAUCUACUCGACUUUUAAUUGUUCUUGUUUGUCUUAUAAUAAGAAUUACAAAUACGAAUGGAUUAUCAAAACGACCACAAUGUCAUGAUUUUGCUGGCGAUCGUUCAAAUUGUCAACGAUUUAUUCGUUGUUUUUAUAAUUUAAGAGUUGUAUUCACAUGUGCAUCUGGUACAGCUUAUGUACCUGAAUUACAAACAUGUGUUGCUAAGGAAUUAGUAACUGAUUUAACAAUAAGUUCAAAUGAUACACUAGAUGAAGACGAUGAUUAUCCAACAAUUGAAGCCGAUUUAGAUGUUCUUGAAGCACCUAUGCAAAAAUCUCUCUCAUCAUAUGUUGAUAUUUCUGUUACAUCAAGACGAUUUGGGUGUUCAUCAUUCUGCUACAAUGAUGGAAUAUGUGUUCUUGUUGGACAAUCAAUUACUUGUCGUUGUCAACCUGGUUAUAUCGGUGUUCGAUGUCAAGUAGCACAAUCUGCUAUCAGCACAAGGCAACAAGAUUGUAAUACCCUAACCUGUGACAAUGGUGGCACAUGUUUCGAUCCUCCCGGCCCCAUUACUGCUAUGUGCAAUUGUAUAGUUGGCUGGACUGGAGAGUUCUGUGACAGUCCAGACACCACUCCCAUCCCCACCACAACAACAACAGCCACUGGUAUCUUACCUGGUCAACAAUGUCAACCAAAUCGUUGUCUAAAUGGAGGAACCUGUACCCCCACACCUGUUGGCGGCGGUUACUAUUGUACCUGUCCACCAGGCUAUACAGGCCCCGAGUGUGGAUCACCAGGUAUAUUUGUUAGUCCAGGAACUACAGGCUGUGGUACAGCUAAUCCUUGUUUAAAUGCAGGUGUAUGUGUAUCAACAUUAAUUGGAUAUCAAUGUCAAUGUUCCAGCAGUUUUGGUGGAAGUAAUUGCCAAACAAAUACAGCUCUUGCAAUACGAAAUCAAUGUUUACCAAAUCCUUGUCAAAAUGGUGGUAGUUGUUAUCUUACUCAAACUGGUUUUGCUUGUGUAUGUCCUACUAGUUAUAGUGGAACAUGUUGUGAAACAAAUUUAGCUGUUAGCAAUCCAUGUUAUAAUAGACCUUGCCAAAAUGGAGGCACAUGCCAAGUAGUUGCACCUUUGACAUAUCGAUGUGUUUGUCUAAUUGGUUUUAUUGGUGUUCAAUGUGAUCAACGCGUAUGUGAUCCAAAUCCAUGCUUAUACGGUGGUGUCUGUUUACCAUAUGGGAAUAGUUUUCAAUGUCAAUGUCCAGCACAAUAUACAGGACGUUGUUGUGAACUUUUACUUGUAACUACAGCAGCACCGAAUCCAUGUAGUUCUCAACCGUGUUUGAAUGGGGGUACUUGCUCAGCAACAAGUUCUACAGCAUUUGUUUGUUCAUGUACACCAAGUUAUUAUGGUCGUUGUUGUGAAUUACGUAAUUAUUGUCAACCAAAUCCAUGUUAUAAUGGUGGUACAUGUAUUGCUACAACAAAUGCUUACCUAUGUCAAUGUGUAUAUCCUUAUUCGGGUAGUAAUUGUGAAAUAACUUUACCUACUCGACCUCCUCAACCAACUUGCCCUUGUAUAAUGUGUCCAUGUCCAACAGUAACUGCUGCAACAUAUAAUCCAUGUCUUCCAAAUCCAUGUCAAAAUAAUGGCGGGUGUAGUGUUGCUCAAAAUAAUGCUCAAUGUUAUUGUCAAUCAGCUUUUACUGGUUAUUAUUGUGAAUAUCCACGUAAACGAUCAUUAAGCAAUAUAGUUUGUGCAAAUAUGAAAUGUUUGAAUGGUGGCAAAUGUUAUGUUAAUGACACUGAACCUCGAUGUGAUUGUCCUAAACCAUAUUUUGGUGAACAUUGUGAAUUAAUUAAUCGACCUCGUACAUGUAAUCCAAGUCCAUGUGGUCAAUAUGGUCAAUGUAUAACGACAAAAGAUGGUUAUAAAUGUAUUUGUAAAAAUGAUCGAACUGGUGUACUUUGUGAACAAUUGAUAAUGCCAAAAAAUUAUCGUUGGUGUCCAUUGGAUUGUCCAUCAGGUACAACUUGUGUUUAUGAAGGUAGUACACCAACAUGUCGUCUAUUAAGCGUUUAUUAA